CAAGCACCCUUCCCCCCCCACCCCCAGAACCGGAUAAACUCAUCGUCCUCUCCCUCUUCAUCUCCCUAUUCUUUGUACAACUAGGGUUCCCAUUAAAUUUACAGCACCACAACCCUAAGCAAAUCUUCUUCUUCUUCGAUUUCGCUGCUCUCGUCUAAGAAUCUGGUAAAAGUUAUCGUCUUUAAUCUGGAAACAGUACUUUCCCUUCACGCCCUUGGCACAACUGAUGAAAUCGGAGGAAUUGGGGUUAGAGUUCUGCUGAGUUUCAAAGAAACCCCCGAGGAAGUAACGCCACCUUCGAUUGCUUUCAUUCUGGUCCCUGCGUUCCUUGCCUUUAUUCCAAAAAGGUUUCUCUCUCUGAUUUUACUGAAACUUUCCAUAUGUUUGUUUGGGAAAUCUAGCAAAUUCUGUCUCUUUUAAGCGUUUUGAUUUUGAUCAUAUUUUGCUUUAUUUUGAAGAAUUUGUUUUGACAUUCAGAAGUUUUGUUUAUUUAAAUUUGUUUUUUUUCUCCCUUCUGAAAAUGGAACCAAAGUUUUUACUUUCCACAACCAAAGCCUCAGUAUGUUCUUCUUCUGUACCUUUCUUUCUCUCAUACAAAACUCCUCUUCUUCAAAUACCCAAAGAUUCUGCAAUCUCUCAUUUCUCAAAGUCUCAAUUUUUGGGCAAAAGUUUGGUUUUACAAGUGAGAAGAAAUGGUUUUCUGAAUAGCCCAAGAAAAACCCAUUUCCCAUUUGGACCAAUUAGAGCUGCUGUGAAGAGGAGGAAAGAGAUUCCUUUUGAUAAUGUUAUACAAAGGGAUAAGAAGCUGAAGCUGGUUCUGAAGAUAAGGAAGAUCCUUGUUGGCCAACCUGAUAGAAUCAUGUCUCUUAAAGACUUGGGUCGGUACAGAAGAGACCUUGGUCUCCAGAAAAAACGGAGAUUUAUAGCGCUUUUGAAGAAAUUCCCCGCGGUUUUUGAGAUUGUGGAAGAAGGGGUUUUCUCAUUGAAGUUUAAGCUCACACCUGAAGCUGAGAGGCUUUACUUUGAGGAAUUGAAGGUGAAGAACGAGAUGGAAGAUUUGUUGGUUGUGAAGUUAAGGAAGUUGUUGAUGAUGUCGAUGGAGAAGAGGAUUCUGUUGGAGAAGAUUGCUCAUCUCAAGACCGAUCUUGGACUUCCUGUGGAAUUUCGUGACACCAUUUGUCAUAGAUACCCACAGUAUUUCAGAGUUGUUGCAACUGGGCGAGGCCCGGCUUUGGAAUUAACUCAUUGGGAUCCCGAGCUUGCUGUUUCGGCGGCAGAGUUGCACGAGGAGGAAAAUCGGGCUAGGGAGCUUGAAGAGAAGAAUUUGAUCAUAGAUAGGCCUCUCAAGUUCAAUAGAGUUAAGCUUCCAAAGGGUCUUGUUCUCUCCAAGGGUGAGAUGAGGAAGAUAAGUCAGUUUAGGGACUUGCCUUAUAUAUCACCUUACUCUGAUUUUUCGGGUUUGAGGCAAGGCACGAUGGAGAAAGAGAAGCACGCUUGUGGGGUUGUUCAUGAGAUUUUGAGCCUCACUCUUGAGAAGAGAACGCUUGUGGAUCACCUCACUCAUUUUCGAGAGGAGUUUCGGUUUUCUCAGCAGCUGAGAGGGAUGUUGAUCAGGCACCCGGAUAUGCUCUAUGUGUCCUUGAAAGGUGAUAGAGAUUCGGUUUUCCUCAGGGAAGCAUACCGUGAUUCGCAGUUGGUUGACAAGGAUCGGUUGACGAUUAUAAAAGAGAAGCUUCACUCUCUUGUUGCCGUCCCUAGAUUUCUAAAACGAGGCGCUCCUCAAAGAACUGCAGAUGUUGCAGAAGAGAGUAAUGAGACAGAAGAUGGAACUGGUGAAAUUGGAGAAGGAUGGUCUAACAUUGACGAUUUUAUGGGUGAUUCUGGUUUCGACGACGAUGAUGAUGGAGAAGAUGAUUGGAGCGAAGAUGAUUGGAGCGAAGAUGAUGAUGAAACGCCCCCAGAUUUCGAUGACGAUGGAGAUACUAUGAGCAUUGGAGUGGGAAAUUCAAGUAAACAGGAAACCAAGUCGAGAAGGCGGGAUGAGAAGAAGGUUCUUGUUCCUGUACUCCCUGACGGUCGGCCAAGAGAACGCUGGUAAAAGUGGCUUAAAACAUUUUCAUUAUGUUUUUAAAUCCCAUAUCCCAGAGGGAUAUUGAUAUUAGAGAUAUUGGUUAUGUGCCUUUGGACCAGCGUACUCUGGAAAUUUCAUCCUCCUUGGAAUGGCUAUAUUUGCAGGGCCCUAAUAUAUGUUCAUAAUAUCUGUGGGUUAGGAAAAGUGCCAAGUAAUAGAAAAGGGCAUCACGGAUACUAUAAAUGUUAUAUCCCUCUCAGUAUGUGAGAGUUUAAAAGUUAGUUUAAUAUUAAGAAGAGCUCUAAACUGAAAAUUCUAGUCCAAAUACCAUAUUUGCAAGUUUCUCAAUAACGUAGGAGUUCAUGCUUUUCUGAUUAAAAUUUCAUGCUGUUCUAGAGUUUUCUUCUUCUUUU